UCGCCCUCGGGUAAUCCUGCUGAACUUCCUCCACCACCGCUCGCUACCUUCGCCUCCCCCAAAUAUAAUGUAUCGCCGAUCCUAACUACCGCAGACUUUGGCUUUUCUGAACCGCGUUUUGGGUUUUGUCUCGUUUCUGCUCGUCGGCCGCUCUUGAGGUGUAAUUACACACUUGGGUCAUGUCACCCGUCUCUCGAUCUUCAUAUUACUCUCGGACUUCCCCCUGAUCACUUUCCUCUCCUCGAGUUCGAACUACCACUAUAUCUGCGCCAGGCUGCUUUAAUAGCCUUGUUCCUGCCCUACUCUCGACCCUCGGAAGUGGAAGCUCGAUUCAAGCGCUCAAAGCGAACCCGUCUUAUCGAGCCCACCUAGAUCGAACACGUGCAUCUCGAACUGCCGUUCCGUCCGUCCCGUCCUUAUCCUCUCACUCAGCUCGACAAUAGAUCUUCACGCGCAAUGGGUAGCAAAGAAUCUAUCCGAAAAGGCACAGUAUGGACGCGGUCCCCGUUUUACCGGUACAUGUGCGCCAUCCGCCGCUCGCCGCCAAUGAUCUAUAAUCGCCACCUGUUCCUCUGCGUCUUUGUCUUUGCCUGCACCGGCAUGCCCAAGGGCUGGGACGAAGGCAGCUGUGCCUCAAUCACAAAGCUGGGCUCGUUCACAUCCGAGUUUGGUAUUGACACCGACAAGGACUCGGGCACGAUCUCCAAUAUCGUCUCGUUCGUCAACCUCGCGGCCGGCGUCGGCGCCAUCUUGUCCAUGUUCCUCAACGACCGUUACGGCAGAAUAUGGUGCCUGCGCUUGUACAUGGUCAUCUACCUGACCGGCUGCUUGGCAUCCACAUUCGCAUACGGAAACAUUGGUGCCUUGUACUUUGGUCGUCUCUGGGCUGGUCUCGGAAUCGGUGCGGCCUCUGUCAUCGGACCUACGUACAUUGUUGAGGUUGCCCCGAAAGCCACUCGCGGUCUGAUGACUCUAUGGUUCAAUCUUUGGAUGCUUCUUUCACAAAUGAUUGGCGUCUUUGUUGUCUACGGAGUCAAGGUCCAUAUCUCGCCCAAAAAGACAAUUCAGUACCAGAUCCCCUUCUUUGUCCAGGUCUUUGUGCCUUGCAUUUGCAUCGGCCUUUCAUUCCUCGUGACCGAGAGUCCUCGCUGGCUCGCGCUUUGCGGUCGCUACGAAGAGAGCGCGGACGCACUUUGCAAAAUCCGGAAAUUGCCGCGACAGCAUCCUGUCCUUGAAGCCGAAUUUAACGAGAUCAGGGGCCAGAUUGAGCAGGAUUUCGAUUCCUACGGACGACUCUCGCUGAAAAACCAGAUGGUUGAGAUUGUCACUAUUCCGACCAACCUGCGUCGCCUACAACUGUCAUUUAUGGCGUAUUUCCUUGCUCAAUGGUCUGGUGCUAACGGAAUCACAAAUUACCUGCCCACUAUCUUUGGUUUGAUUGGCGUCGAGGGCGAUGAAAAGACAAUCUACUCCACCGGCCUAUACGCCUUCACCAAGCUCAUGACCACAUUAAUCGCAUCCCUCUUCUUCACCGACGCCGUCGGUCGCCGAAAAUCGCUAUUAAUCGGCGUUCUCAUUCAAAUGUGCUGCCACUACUAUCUCGGCGGGUACCUCAAAUACUAUCUCGCAGACCCCACCGGUAUGCCCACCGGCGCCAGUCGCGCUGCGAUCGGCGCUAUCUUCAUCCACGCCUUUGGCUGGUCCAUCGGACUAUACUCGCUUCCCUACAUCUUUGGCUCCGAGCUCUACCCGAGCCGCGUGCGCGCGCUCGGCGGCGCUCUCUCGCAGGGCUUCCACUGGCUGUUUUACUUUGCAAUCACAAAAGCGACGCCCGGUCUCUUCAACGGCAUGAACGUCUGGGGCACGUUCAUCUUCUGGGGCACCUGGUGCGCGAUCUCGUGGGUCUACGGCUUCUUCAUGGUUCCCGAGACCAGCGGCCGCAGCCUGGAAAGCAUGAACUCGCUCUUCCAGUACAAAUGGUACGAGCUGCGCCGGCAUGCCUAUCCGGAGCCGGAAGAUUUGGCAGAGUACCCUUACGACGUCGAUUACACGACCAUGCAGCUCAACGACACCGAGGCUGGAAGCAAGUUGUCUGAGAAUAAUCACCAUGUGGGAGAGAAGGGCGAGUCCGAGUCUUCCGCCGACGGCCUGCUUCAGAGAUAGUUCUGUUUUUCUUCUCAGUUUUUGUUUGUUUGGGUGCUAGGUAACUUUGGAUUUUGGGCGCGAGUUUGUUUAGUUGAUUUUGGUAUGAAUCCGUAUGGAUCCUAAAGUUUUGCGUUUGCGUUUUGGGAGUUUUGAUAUGAAGAUUGCAUGAUGAUACACUGAUGUGCAUUUUUGUUUAUACACAUUUCUAUACAUUUUUGCGAUUUUUGUUUUUGGUGUAAUGAAUGACGGUAUAAUAAUGAAUCAAUAACCACACUGAAUAUGAUCAAAGCUAUCUUCCCGGCGCUCUAUCUACGAAUAGCAAGGUGGAAACUAGCUUCUUACCCGCCGUCAAGCGC